AUGUCUACUGAAGAAACCCAACCAACCCAAACCGAGACAGUUCCCCCACCCAAGUCAACCGAUUCUAUUGCUACCAACUCAUCAUCCCAGGUCGAUGUCGAACCACUUCAUCAUCCACAAGAAAUGGCACAUGUAGAAGUACCUCACAAUGUUGAGAAUAUUCCUCAAGGCGUAAGCUCAAUGACAGGCAAAUCACUCUUGGCUAAGAAAAUGGCAGCGAAUGGGUUGGUAUUUCUUAUCAAUCUUGAUCGAUUUAAUCAACUUACUUCAGCUGACAAAAUAACCUCUUCACCUCCUUAUCUUUCACUUCUCAACAGCGCCUUUUACUCGCCAUCCGAUGCUCUUGUCUCUCCUUGCACUCAAAAACUUAGUUCUCAAAAGGGAAAGCGAUGGGCCAACGCAAAGGUUAAGCCCACCGUUUUUGGAAAAUCAAACCUUAACCAAUCAUCCCUUGGUAGUGGUUUAAAUGCCCCAGUUGAGGAGGCAAAGAAAGAGCCACUAGGUACCAGUGACGCAAAUGGACAGGCAGACCAGACAGAAGCUUCAGGAGUCACCGCGCCUGCCAACGCAAACCCGGCACCAGAACCAGUCUCAGCAGCGACAUGA